AUGUCAACUAGAAUCCAUCUUUAUGACUUGCGUCCAUCCAGAUCAUCGGCACCGUCAACAUCAUCACACACGAGUGCUACAUCAAAUCAAGAUGAUUGGCACAACAGUAAUGAUAUAGAAUUUUCACAAUCACUUUUAAAGAAAUUUCAACACAAGCUCCGAAACAGUGUACCAUUAAAACCAUUUUCCAUGAAAUUUGAACAUGUUGGAGAUAUCCAAACAACUCAAGCCAUUGAUGUGAAAAUUUCAUAUGGUUGUCAUUGCAUUCUUAUUUCUCAAUAUCAUUUUUUAACCGUUUUUGAUCUUUCUUCAAAACAAUUAAUUGCAAAAAGUGGUGAAAGAAGUUGUGAAAAUAUUCUAGUUGAAAAUAAUUACAACUUGGAAACAAAAACUGGAAGAGAUGCAUUAAUACUGGCUUCUAACAAUGUCACUGCACACCCACUGCAGAAAGUAUAUUUGAAAAACUUCAUUGACACACUCAUGAAAAACCCUUCUGAUGAGAAGUUUGAAAUUGCCAGGAUGUGCAUUGAGAAUAACAAUCAGUCAAAUUCAAAUAAUAUUAUUUAUUCUGUUUGUAUCAACUGGAUUGCAAUUUGGAACGUCCAAUGGCCAACAAAUAGGAGAAAUUACUAUGGACAAUUGCCCUGGAAUAACAUUUAG